AUGAACUCAGCAGUAAAGAACUUCCUUGCAAGCCCUCGCUUCGCCGUCGCAGGCGCCAGCAGUGAUCCUUCCAAGUUUGGCCACAGAGUCUUCGCAUGGUAUCUUCAGCGCUCUCUGCCGGUUACACCACUCAACCCUUCGCGUCCUAGCGUUUCGGUCUCCUCCAAGGACUACGAUACCGUGCCUUCGCCCUCAGCUUUGCAACAACCCAAGGAGACAGGAUUGAGCGUCAUCACUCCACCUGCUGUUACAAAGAAGUUGCUGCAGGAAGCAAAGGAGGCAGGUGUCAGAGCUGUCUGGUUACAGCCUGGAAGCUUCAACGAUGACAUCCUCGAGUAUGCGAAGAAGGAGUUCCCUGGCGCAGCAGUAGGUGGAGAUGGAGGCAGAGGAGGAGAAGGUUGGUGUGUACUUGUGGAUGGAGAUGGUGGUCUAAGAGCUGCAGGAAGAGAGCAAGGACGCCUGUGA